AGUCACAUAUCGCUCCGCACUCCGCUAUAUAAAUAGCUCCAGUAAUUUAUCUUAGGGUUUUCUCAGCGGCCACAUCUUCGGAGCAAACCAGCGCCGUUUAGGGUUUUAGAGGGAGACGAAGAAGACGAAGAUCGGCAAAAAUGUCAGGAAAGGGAAGCAAACCCAGGAAGGAGGAGGUUGUUACCAGGGAAUACACCAUCAAUCUCCACAAGCGCCUGCACGGAUGCACAUUUAAGAAGAAGGCUCCCAAAGCCAUCAAGGAGAUCAGGAAGUUUGCUCAGAAGAGUAUGGGAACAAAUGAUGUGAGAGUUGAUGUGAAGCUUAACAAAUUCAUUUGGAGCCGUGGAAUUAGAAGUGUGCCAAGAAGAGUCCGUGUGCGCAUUGCUCGUAAGAGAAAUGAUGACGAAGAUGCCAAGGAAGAGUUCUACUCGCUGGUCACUGUAACUGAGGUUCCAGAAGGAUUCUCGGGGUUGGGUACCAAAGUUAUCGAUGAUGAGGAGUGAUGUUACUCAGUUUCUAUCCAAUUGCAAAUUUUGCUGUAUUAUUUAGAUAAGCGUUGUUUUAGUUCAGUUUUGACUCCGUUGUUACUGGAGAUCGACUUCCAAGAAUUAUUAUCAGAUGCUCUGUUUGGUUGUUCAACUUGUAGCUGUCUCCAUAUGUUAAAUUCUCAUGACUUCCUGUUACCCGCUUGCCUGAUAAUUUGGAAAAUUUUUAUUAUGGUUAUGGUUGUGGAGUUUUGUCUUUUGAUGUAGGGGGUUAGAUCUCUUGUGCGGUUUGAGAUAUACCUGGAAUCGUUCCCCAAACUUUGGAUGCCGCAUGUAUCUUUUAUCUUUAACAGUCUAGAUUUGCACUCGGUUCUUCUAGGGUUUGAAUCCUUGUGUAUCUACACUAGUGUGUAAUAUCGAACUGUGAGAAAAUCAGAGCUAGCGGAAUUUGGUGGCGGAUUCGUGUUGGAGCUUUGUACCAUUUGUUUAUUAUCACUGGAAUGAUUGGCCUUCGCAGCUGCAGUAAGAAGGCAAACAAGAAAAACGAAGUUUUGAAAUGAAG